AUGUUGGCAAAAGAUUUUUAUUCAAUAAUUAGUAGUGACGAAUCAACCACAAAUUUUUUAAUUAGCAAAAAUCUUGUGGCAAAUAAUGAAAAUGCCGAAUGUAAUAAGUGCGGAAGUGCUAUGAAUUUAUACCUACGUAAGGUCGUAAGGAGAGAGGUAAGGAAAGGAGAGUUUUACGUUGUAAGAGAAAGGGAUGUAAAACAACACAAACCUGAAGGAAAGAUAAUGCUUUUUGGACUUAUAUUGACAAGAAUGGUCUCUAAAUAG